AUGACAAAGAUGCAAACUAAACCAGAUAUUAUUAUUGAUAAAACAUCCGACACCAGUGACAAUGAAGAGAAUCAAGAUGAUACUAAUACGGUCAUGGUUGAUAUUUUACCAUCUUACCAGCUUUAUGAUCAAUUGCAUGGGCAUAUCCCCAGUAGAAGAAGUUCCGAUACACAUUUGUAUAGCUUACCAAGCUAUUGUGAGAGUACUGCCUCUUCGCUAUUCUCAGGAAAUGCGCACCACUAUAACAAUAACAUCGCAAAUAGUAACACUAAUACCACAACUAGAACAACUACUGUAAACGGUGAGAAUACUAGGUCUGCUAUAAUGGAAGAAAUGGAACUGAAUAUUGGAAAAAUUUAUUCUUUGCCUCAAAUAUCUGCACCAGUUGACAUUAAAAUAUAUAUAACCAAAUUACCACAAAAGAGCAAUGUGGAUAAUGCAAAUUGUGAUAGUACUCCAUGUAGUACGUUGGAACAAGAAAGUUUGUUUAAAAUAUAUACGUCUAAUGAAAUAGUUAGUGGAUAUGUCAUUGUGGAGAAUAAGUCAAACACUCCGCUUAAUUUUGAAAUGUUUUAUUUGACUUUAGAAGGCUAUGUUUCUGUAUUAGACAGGGGAAAUGCCAAAAGAUCCAUUAAAAGAUUUUUGCGUAUGGUCGAUAUGAGUGCAAGCUGGUCUGAGACCAAUAUCAUAUUGGCUUCUGGUUAUAAAUAUAAAUGCCAUGCACUUGAAUCAGAUGGCAGUAUCUUAGGAUUAAAUAAUAACAGGUGUCUAGAGCCUGGUGUUAAAUACAAAAAAUAUUUCAUUUUUAAAUUUCCUGAGAAAUUAUUGGAUGAUUGUUGUAAACAUGAAAUUAACAGUCACCUACAACUGCCAUCUAGUUUUGGGCUGGACCAUUACAUUUGGAAUUCAAAAAAAUAUGCUGGUUUAGAAAUUAAUCCUAUGUUUGGUGUUGGUCACUUGGGUUACAAAGGAUCUCCUUUACUAACCAUGGAUUUGGCACCCAGUAGUACUUCUAUUCACUACAGCGUUGAUGCAAGAUUAGUUGGAUUAAAUACUAUUACUACUGCCAACAAUGGUAAUGACCAAUUAUGUCUGUAUAAAAUUGUUAACUAUCAACUAAGAUACAUCCCGUCUUCACCUGAUGUUAAUAAUACAUGUGACUGUGGUAGUACGGAUUUUGAAUAUAAGGUGUCCAGUUUGAACAAUGGCUUCCACAAAUUGGAUAUUUUGUUUAAUAUGAUUAACAAUAGUAAAGAAUUUACAAUGGAUGAUAUUAUUUAUGAUGAUAAUGAGCAUGGAACGCAUUUCAACGGUGUUAAUGCAAGUAAUAAUAAUAAUAAUAAUAAUAAUAAUAAAGCUAAGAAAGAUAGUACUAAACUAAGUCAACUAUAUAAAGAGACCAGCAGCCAUAAUAAAAAAAGUUUUAGAAAAAGUAGCUUGCUAGAAAAUUCACUUGCUUAUUCCUUAAAUCAUAUGAGUACUUUAAUUUCGAACAAGUUUGUUUCAAACUUAUUAUUCCCAUCAAGCUACAUUCAAAAAAAUAAAAAUGUCAUCUUCUCUGGUAUUAUUAUUAUUUCAAGCGAGCAUCCAGAAAAAAAUUUUAUUUUGCCAGCACAAUUACCUUCCAUAUUAAGAAAUGCUAGAUCAGAAUUUGAUAAAAAUAAAUUAGGGAAAGUGUUUCAAAAUACCAGUAAUACACCAUUUAAUAUUAUAAAGACGUUAAAAAUCAACUUGAAAUGUUUGGAAUCAAAUAAUUGUGAUGAGCAUCAGCCCCCAAAAAUUAAAUCAAUUAAAUUAAAAUUGGUAUGUGUUAAUUAUAGUUCCAUGAAGAUAAUUCCAAUUUCAUUAAGUGCAUUGUUGCUACUGUCAAAUGAGAUUACUGGAGCUGGUUUUGAAAAAAGAUGUGAGAAAAUAUUAAAUAGAAUCAAAGAGUGUAACGACAAGUUUAAUUCUAAUAUGGGAAAAAUUCAAUCUUUAUACAAACCAUCUUCGAAUGACCAACAAACAAUAUCAUUUAAUGAUUUCAUUCCGAAGAACUUAAAAAGAGAUUUGCAAAACAUAAGUGAAAGUAAGAUUGAUGUUAAAGUACUAGAUAAUUUUUUUCAAAUUGAUAAUUAUAACACAAUUGUACGAAAACCAUGGACCAAACAACAGUCACGAACCUACAAUAAUGAACUGGAAAUUCAGUUUUCAAUAAAGCAAAAUUUGAAAUAUAAUAUAGUGCCGGACUUUCAAAGCUGUCUGUGUGCCAGGUUUUACUGUAUUAGAGUGGAGGUAGAAUUUUAUUGUACUGAUGACAAUAAUAAAAGCUAUAUAAAUAUUCCAAUAAGUUUUAAAAAUAUUUAG